CGUGGCGGUGAGCGAGUGGCCCCGGCGGGGAGCGUGGGGUGACGGCCUGGGGUCCCGCAGGAGUCCGGUCCCGGGAGCGGUGCUGGGUGGUCCCCGAGAGACUCUCAGCCGCGUUGGGAAGCGGUUGUUGGAGCAGCUUGCGCGCCCGGUUGUCCGGUCCUUCCCGGCCCGACGGUGGUUCUGAGGUUCAGGGGGCUGAGGAAUGGAUUUUGAAGCCCUUAAAAAAUAUUCAGCACUACACCCCAAGCCUGCUGGGCUGACACUGCAGUAUGGCACUGCUGGAUUUCGCACCAGGGCUGAACAGCUCGAUCACAUCAUGUUCCGUAUGGGCUUGCUGGCAGUGCUCAGGUCCAAAGCCCUGGUAUCAACUAUUGGUGUCAUGGUUACAGCCUCUCACAAUCCUGAAGAAGAUAAUGGUGUAAAGCUGGUUGAUCCUCUUGGUGAAAUGCUGCAUCCUUCCUGGGAAGAGUAUGCCACACAACUAGCAAAUGCAGAGGAGCAAGAAUUACAGAAAAUAAUAACUGAGAUCUGCCAAAGAGCAGCAGUGGACCAGUGCAAAGAUGCUUCAGUUUUUAUUGGCAGAGACACCAGGCCAAGCAGCGAGAAACUGUCACAGUCAGUAAUAGAUGGGAUCUCUGUUCUAGGUGGUCAGUACCAUGAUUAUGGUCUGGUGACAACACCACAGCUACAUUACUUGGUCUGCUGUCAAAACACCCAAGGGCAGUAUGGAAAAGCAACACUGGAAGGUUAUUAUGAAAAACUAUCCAAAGCUUUUACAGAACUGAUCAAACAGUCUCCCAGCUCUGGAGACAGUCGGAGGCACCUGAAGAUUGACUGUGCCAAUGGAAUAGGAGCCCUGAAACUGUCAGAAAUGGAACCCUACUUUCCAAAGGAGGUGCUAAUUCACCUGUAUAAUGAUGGAACCAAAGAGAAACUCAAUCACUUCUGUGGUGCAGAUUUUGUGAAAGUUCACCAGAAACCACCCAGAGGGCUAGACCUGAAGCCCAAUGAGAGAUGCUGCUCGUUUGAUGGCGACGCAGAUAGAAUUGUUUAUUACUAUAAGGAUGAAACUGGACAUUUUCAUCUAAUUGAUGGAGAUAAAAUAGCAACUUUAAUUAGCAUCUUCCUUAAAGAACUUCUUGCCAAGGUGGGACAGACAUUAAAGUUGGCAGUGGUACAAACAGCAUAUGCCAAUGGGAGUUCAACACGCUACCUUGAGGAAACACUGAAGGUACCUGUGCACUGUGUCAAAACAGGAGUGAAACACUUGCAUCACAAGGCCCAGGAGUUUGAUGUUGGUGUGUAUUUUGAGGCAAAUGGACAUGGUACAGUAUUAUUUAGUAAAGCUGCUGAAACUAAAAUAAGACAGCUGGCAAAAGAGGAGAAAGAUGGUGAAAAAAAGGAAGCAGCAAAGGUGCUAGAAAGCAUGAUUGAUCUCAUUAAUCAGACAGUUGGUGAUGCUGUCUCAGACAUGCUGGUUAUUGAAGCAAUCCUGGCUUUGAAAGGUCUGACUGUGCAGCAGUGGGAUGCCAUCUACACUGACCUUCCCAAUCGGCUGCUCAAAGUUCAGGUUGCAGACAGGAGAGUUAUUGACACAAUGGAUGCAGAGAGGCGUGCAGUUACACCCCCAGGGCUGCAGGAGAAAAUUGAUGCACUUGUGAAGAAGUACAAAUUGUCACGAGCGUUUGUCCGCCCAUCAGGAACAGAAGAUGUAGUCAGAAUAUACACUGAAGCAGACACACAGGAGAACGCAGAUGCCCUUGCCCAUGAAGUGAGCCUGGCUGUUUACCAUCUCGCUGGUGGAAGAGGAGCACCACCCCAGCCUAUAUAACUCCUGUUAAUGACUUUCUAAAUACUCCUUUCUUUACCAUUUACUAGCGUGGGCAUAUCCAACCCCUCCUGAGUAGCCAGGAUUAACCAGAACCGAGUGGAAUAUUAUUCUGCUUAUUCUUUACCUUUGUUAGCAAUUUACCGCUGAACGAGAUGUUCUUGCUGCUCAAUAUUUUCCCAUUGUAACUUCUGAGGCUGAAAUGAGUGACUCACUGACAGUUAGAGGCCUGGUCAUGCCCAGAAGGAAUUCUGGCUCCCACCCGACUUAAUUCAUCAGUUAUUGUCACGCUGUGCCUGAAGUCUCACUCCCACACCCUCAGCACCACUGUGAUAGUGGCAUUUGACUCAUUUGUUGUGGCCGUGCUCGCAGUAGCUGCAGCACAGCACAGGGCUGCUGAGACUUAAUCCCCACCUCCCCACAGCAACUGAAUCAGCUGUGGGCAAACAGGAUAAGGCAGAGGCUGUCGCUGGUCUUGAGAUUCAAUUCACCUCAGUUCAAGGACAAAACAAUAUAAUCAAAGAGCAUUUGUAAAUAACGGCGUAUUAUUACAAUAAUAUCUUCAUCAGAUACUUCUGUAAAAUUAAAGUAUUGCUUGGAAGGCAACAUCCAGUAAUACUUCUUAUAAUCACUUUUAAGGGAGAAGGGAAAGAGACAAGUUGGUCUUCUGUGUCUCUUACUAAUGGGCUGCAAUGUUUUGAACAAAUCAGCACCCUCCUCUGCCUAUUUUAGUUCAGGUUAUCUACCUCUGACAAACGUGUUUUCCAUUGUAGUCCUGUAUUAACUCCUGGCAUGAUGGCAUCUUCCAGAUUGCUAAAAAAGCACAAAUUCCAAUGAUAAAAUGACAAAAAUAAACUGG